UUAUGACCAUGUUUCAACCACCAUUUUCUCAUCCACCCAUAGCUUUUUGGUUUCCCUAUCAUUUCCUCAUUACCUGUGCACGCGGCUUCUUUCUCCGUUACGACCGUGGGAAACUCUUCAUCUCAGAGAGAGAGACAGAGACGGAAACAGGAGCUGAGCAAACUACUUCUAUGGCAAGCUCAGAUGCAGGAACUUCGUCAGGAAGCAACUAUCAAGUGUUUCUGAGUUUCAGAGGACCCGAUACUCGCAAGGGAUUCACCAACGUCCUCUACCGUGACUUGAAUGAUGCUGGAAUCUGUGUUUUCCUAGACGAUGACGAGCUCCCCCCCGGUGCGACGAUCAGGAGAUCCCUAGAGCAAGCGAUCAACAACUCUAAGAUCUACAUACCGGUCUUCUCUCAGAACUACGCUUCCAGCCAUUGGUGCCUCUCUGAGCUAAAGCAAAUAGUGGAAAUCACCUUCAAUUCGGAAGGUAAGAAAGAGAUUCUACCAAUUUUCUUAGAUGUGGAAACUGAUGACGUUAAGCUGAAAACUUCACGAUACGGCGAUGCCAUCCAAAAACUGGAGUGCGAGAAGAGAUGGAGCAAUGAGCAAGUAAAUGAGUGGAGAAACGCUCUCAUGAAGGUCGGUACGAUAAAGGGGUGGGAAGCGAAGAACUACAAAGGCCAUGGUGAACUGAUAAGGUAUGUAGUUGAGGAGGUCAUGAAAAAGUUGGAGACAAAACAUAGAUCAGUGCCUAAACAAUUACUUGGAAUUGACGAUCGAGUUUUAACAGUGAGCGAAUUGUUAGACGUCAACUCUGGUGGUGUACGGUUCAUUAGAAUUUAUGGCAUGGGGGGUAUCGGUAAAACGACUCUCGCCAAGGUCGUAUUCAACAAACUGUCUUCUCAUUUUGGAAAGUGUUGUUGUUUCCUUGAAGAUGUUCGAGUGAAGUCAUCAAGAAUUGAUGGCUUAGUUGAGUUGCAAAAAAAAUUACUAUCCGAAAUUGGCGCUCCUGCCGGGGUAAAGAACAUUGAUGAAAUUGAUGAUGGAAUGCAUAGAAUUGGAGAAGCACUUCAGAAGAAUAAAGUUCUCAUUGUACUAGAUGAUGUUGAUAACAGUGACCAAGUGAAGACAUUAGUUGGAAAUGGUACUUUGCAUUUGGGAUCUAGAAUAUUGAUUACAACUAGGAAUAGAGAUGAGUUGCAAACAGAUUAUCAAAUUUUAGAUUAUGAAUUGGAGGUGAUGACUGAUGGUCCUGCACUCAAGCUUUUCAGUAGGCAUGCAUUUAAUAAAGACUUUCCUUUAGAUGACUACAUUGUUCUUUCAAGGGAAAUUGUAUAUGAGACUGGAAGACUUCCGUUAGCUCUCGAGGUAAUUGGUUCGUUUCUCUCCCGCAACAAAAACCAAAAAAUUUGGGAAGAGACGCUGGCAAAGCUGAAAAAAGCACCCCAUAAGGAUGUUUUUAGAAAGUUGAAGAUUAGCUAUGAUGCCUUAACUUUUGAGCAACGACAAAUUUUCCUUGAUAUUGCAUGCUUUUUGUCGGUGAGGAUAAGACAAGUGCAUUUUACGUGUGGGAAGAUUGUGAGUUUUAUCCACAUACUGGAGUCCGUGUCCUCACUAACAUGUCUUUGGUAAAAAUUGGGGAGAACAAUAAGUUUUGGAUGCACGAUCAACUUAGAGAUCUUGGAAGGCAAAUUGUUCAACAAGAAGAUCAGAAGAACCCUGAAAAACGAAGUAGGAUAUGGAAUUGCAAGGAGAUCCUUGGUGCAAUAGAGACAGAGCAGAUGAAGAAGGAAGUUGUAGCACUGGAUCUUGAUCUACGAAAAAGUUAUUCAGAUUUUGUUAUUAAAAGUGAAGAGAUUGGAAGGUUCAAAAGUCUAAAGUACCUCAAAUUAAAUGGGGAGCCUUCGUGGGUAACUUAGCGAAUAGUCUUACCAAUUUAAGCUGGAUUUUUUGGAGUCAUCCUCAUCUGACAUCCGACUUGACCAACAUGCAUUUAAAGAACGUGGUCGUUCUUCAAUUUUCAAACAAUGACUUCAUAGAUGAUUCAAAACUGCAGAGCUUUGUCAAGAUGGCAAGAAAAUUGAAAGUUCUUUCUCUUAAAGGUUGUGAUAAAAUAACCAGAACACCAGAUUUCUUUGAAUGCCCGAAUUUAGAGAGCCUUGAUGUCGACCGUUGUUCCAAUUUGAGGGAAAUUGAUGGCUCUAUUGGGAAGUUGAGCUGUCUAAUUGGCAUUAAGAUUGUUUAUUGCCCUUGUCUUGAAUUUUUGCCUGAAGAUAUCGGGGACCUUGUAAAACUGGAGCACUUCACUAUACAGCGGUGUGAUGGAGUGAAGAGGCUCCCAGAAUCCAUAUGGAAGUUAAAAUCAUUACGUGAGGUGCACUUCUCAACUGGCUGGGAUUCUUAUUUAGCAAAUUCAUGAAGUUGCUUAGUAAUAUUGGAAUGCUUCAUAAGCUGGAAAUGCUUCAAGUCAAUGCUAACUAUUCGAAAAGUCAACUUCCUUAUGAAAUCGGAAGUUCGCCCUUUCUAAAAAGUCUAACUCUAUCGAUUACUGAUGUUGAUGAAGUUCCAAAGAUCAUUGGCAAGCUUCCUUGCCAGUGAAGAUUGGAAUUGACGGCAUAUCAUAAGAUUCAAGAGUUGCUGGCACUCCCAAUUAGUUUAAAUCUAAAAUUAUUGUGUGUUGUUCUAGAUCUCUCAAACUUGACUAAUCUGGCUGAGUUGGAUCUAGAUGAUAGCGGAGAAAAAGGAGGUAAACUUGUACCGGUGAUUUAUGGUUGGAUUGGGAGACUGUAAGCCAACUAAAUUGAACUUGAGACUUCACAAUGUCAAGCUACCCUUCCUCUCAGACCUUUCAGCAACUUCCGUUGUCUUUGCAAAACCUAGGCCUUGAUGAUUUCCAUUUAAUUGAGUCACUAUCUAAACCGGGAGAAAUUUUAUCACAUUUAGAGCUCUCUAGAUCUCCAGUGCAUGCAUAUAAACUCAGAUGGGCUUUCACUUCCACAUCUAGGGGAGUUGCUUGUGCAAAACUGUGAACGCUUCCAUGGAUUCAGGCUAUCAAGUAUGGGGAAGCUGAAAAAUGUCUGACUAAGCUUUUGCCCGUCGUUAGAUGGGAUCAAAUUUCCUUGGGUGUUUGAAUCACUGGAGGCAUCGUUAUUUGUUGCCAGUCCUCGAGAAGGCUAGUCUAUAUGGGGGAAGCAAGGCACGGUAUAAUGAGUCUACUGAUCAGUUGAUUACUAGUGGGGUGAGACUAAUCCUUCCAUCGAGUGUUUUAAAUAAGUUGCAAAGUUUCGUGCUGUCAUCUUGUGGGCAAAUACACGAGAUUCAAGUUGUCUGUACAUUGGAAUCGGGGGAACACUUGGAGGUUUGAGAUUGUCGUAAACUGCGAAGUUUUCAUGGCUUACCAAACGCGAAGAAUCUCAAGUCUUUUUCCAUCAAUUCAUGCAAUUGCCCAAGGGUUGUCAAGGGCCUCAACAAGUUGGAGUUUGUGGAACGAGUUUUGCCCUGUGGAUCCCUAGAAAGGUUGACUGAAGUAUCAAGGACCAAACUUCCAAAUGAUAGCCGCAUAUAUAUGUCCGGUUGCAGGAAAGACUUUCGGGGCUCCCGCUCGUCUUACAAGCACCAUAAGGAACAGGAAAGCGACUAUGAAGAGGAACAGGAAACGAAGGAGAGGAGAAGGCUGGGGAGAGUGUCAUUCCAAUGUUUGAGCUUCAAUAGUUUUCCCUCCUGGUUUUUUUUUUCGUUUGAUCAGAAGUGACUUCAAAUAGGAAUUAAAGCAGAGGAGAAGGCUGGGGAGAGUGUCGUUCCAGUGCCUGAGCUUCAACAUAAUGUGAUGUUGGUUGCGCAUAAAGAUGGCAAGCUAGAACUGGAGAGGACGGUCGCCAUCAAGUCAGAACGAAAGUUGGCUGAAAGCAGAGCUGGAGCGUCUUAGAAGCACUCGAAUUGCUAUCACCGUUGGUCGGGAAUAAAGGCCACCUUGUCUGUAAAGUGUCUGUAACCUAUUGCUUUGCCUCCAAGGCAUGUGUUUCGUUAAUUAGUAUUUGCUUUUGAGCUCUGGCUUUGGGUCCCAACCAAUAUGCACUUGAAGAAUGUGGCCCGUUUAUCAAUUUUCAGAUGACUACAUAGAUGAUUUGAAGCUAUGUUUUUUAUUAUUCUAUUUAACAGAUAUGUGAUUCUGCAUCUUAUGAA